AUUCAUUCCUCUUUCACUAGUCAAACAUAUACACAACACAAAGUCUGUUUUGGAUGAACUGCCCAUUAUCAUUUGACAGUUGAGAUGGGUGUUGGUCUGGCGGUUGUCUCUUUGCUCAUCGCUCUGAUGCAAGGUGUUUGUUGUAAAACCUGGAAUGUGAUCUUACCCCCAAAAAUUGUGGGCAUCAGUGGCUCCUGUGUCACUGUCCCAUGUCGUUUUGAGGUCCCCAUCAAUGAAGACGAAAACAUAUCAACCUGCACAGAUGGUGUUGUUUGGAUCAAAGGGAAGCUUUUGGGUCCCUUCGUCUUCACUGCACGCAGCCCUGACACUAACAUCAUUAAAGGACAACAUGUCGGGGACUUAAUGAAGAAGAACUGCACUACAAUCUUCUACAGCUUCCCAAAGAACUACAGCGACAUUUAUUUCUUUAGGCUGAACUGUCCAAAAGUCAAGUACAGUUACACUGAUGGAGUCAACAUUGCUGUUGAACCAGGCCUGCCUCCUCCACUGUUGACCUCUGUGAAUCAGGUGUCAGAGGGAGUCCAGGUGGCGCUGCAGUGUUCAGUCCCAGUGCCCUGCUCCAUCCUGCCCCCCACCUUAAUCUGGCUCCCUAGAGACAACUCCAGGCAGGAGCAGACACUAAUGCAACAGAAUGUGGAUGGACAGAUGAUCAUGACGUCUACACUGACCUUCACAGCCUCAGCCAACCAUCACAACCAGAGCAUCGCCUGCUCUGUCUCCUACCCGCUGACAAAAGGGGGCAGCACUCAGCCGUCUGCAACGACUCAGAGACUUGACGUCCUGUACGCUCCUAGAUUCACUGUGGCUACACUCAGCACGUCUGGUCCUGUUUCUGAGGGCCGCACUGUGGUGUUUACAUGUUCGAGUGAUGCCAACCCCCCUGUGAGCCUCUACACCUGGUACAGAGCAGACACUGGAAAGUUCAAGAAGAAGGGUGAAGGAGAAAUACUGGUCCUUCAGGUCAGUCAGAAGGACAGCGGGGUGUAUCUGUGCGAAGCUCAAAGCCAGAGGGGCUCUGAGAGGUCUAGACCUGUGUCUUUGGAGAUCAACACCACCGCAGUCAGCAGUGAGAGUUUUGCGGUAGUUCCCUACAGUAUUUGUGGAGUGGUUUUGGUACUCUACAUCUUGACUGUCGCUGUGAACAUGUACAAGUUUCAAAGUCUUUCCAGGAGGCUGAAGCAGAUUGAGCUGAAGGGGGAACACAUCUACACUGAUCUAAAGGCCUGCAGUGUCGCCUCUGACUAUGACCACCUUCAGCCUCGACAGCCUAAAAUGAUGCUCUCUCCUGAUGUUCCCAGUUCUGAAAACCUGCAAGAAUUACCCUGCAAGCCGAUUUCAAAAACCAACAGCAACCAAAGUAGACGUAAAGGCAGGGUUCGAAAUAUGGGGGAGCUACGAGGAGCUCAGCUUCCCUGAAAGACACAUGAGCUCUCCUGGAAGUCCUCAGGUUAAACAUUCUCUGAAUGAACUGAAAUGUAUAUUUUUUGGGGUGGUGAUGGGACAGUGGAUAAGACACAUGCCUUUGGUGCGAUAGACCCGGGUUUGAAUCCACUGUGAGAUACCAAUGUGUCCCUGAGCAA